ACAUCACCUACCUUCCUUCUCCCAUUCAUCCUAAACUUCUCAGAGCUGUGCCCCAGGCGUCUUGCGCUAGGUCGACUAGUCGACCGACGCCGUCUUUCUCUUCGCCUUCAACUCAUCCUUCCAUCCAUCAAACGCUACUCGCACAGCUUGGUCAGUUGAUAAUAGUCGUCCCUACGGGGCAGAGGUGGUGGUUGGGACAUCUCUGAACGUUCUGUGGGACAUAUAUACCCGUUUGCUCUUUUCGUAGACGGCAUGACCGACACGACUCUGCGUCAGUCGCCGGCUUUACAAGCUGUCAAUAGGUUGGACUCUCCUUCUCCUUCUCCUUCCCCUCGGCGUCAGGCCUUCCAAGGUCCCUCUUCACCCCGUCAUGGACGGACAGCCGUUGGGCGUUUGCCCAGCAUUACUGCCAACGAUGUGUUGGGUAUGGCGAACGAAUCCACGACCACCAUAGUCAGAGGUUUCUCACCUGCUUUACCCAACGCUCCUCUACCUCCUGUACCAGAGCGUAAAGCGUCUUCUCCCCUCCCGCCACAGCUCAACCUACAGACGUCGUCUUCUGUUUUGGGGCGUCUAUCUCCCCUUCACACUCCUGUCGAACAAGUCUAUUCAUUCGCCGAAGGUUCUCCUAAAAGCGUACUACCAUCCCCUAGACUAUAUCAAGGCGAUGUAGCACCUAGAUCUCGACGUAACUCUGCAGCUAUCGUCUCUAUCCGACUAGGCUCUCGAUCAAACUCUCGAACUCCUAGAGGCAGUGAAACGACCCUGCCAGGCGGGAGCGGACAAGCUACUCCGAGUAAGAUGAAACAUGAGAAGGAAGCACACGUGGAUAUGCUCGGAUCGUGGGCUCCUGGGGUCGAGGACAUGGAAGUAUGGGAACCGCCUGUGUAUGAUGGAAUCGAAGAGGUGUUGGAUAUGGGAGAAGCGGGUCGAACCUUCACCGACGAGUCAGAUGUUGGUCGUACUGCCGAGGAUAUAAUGUACUCUGGUAUGCUGUUCGGGGAAGGUAGAGAGUUUCAAGGCGAGGUGGUCGAACCUGCUGUGCGGAAGCUCAGUGAUGACGAAGCUUUACCAUUAAGAAGAGGAGGGAGUGAAGUGAACCAUGUGAGAGAGAACGGACAUGCACCUGAGAAGAAGACUUAUCAGGUCAUACGUCAACUUGGCUCUGGAAGCUAUGCCGUUGUAUAUUUGGUACGAGAGAAGGGUGGCAAGCGGCGGGAAUACGCUUUGAAGUGUUUGAGCAAACAAAAUUUGGAAGAAGAACAAUUGGAAACACAACUCUUCGAAGCGACUAUCCAUCUCGCUUUGCCCGUUCAUCCAAACAUCGUCACCUUACAUCAGACACUACAAACUAAGAAGUGGCUGUUCCUCAUGUUAGAACUCUGCCCAGGCGAGGAUCUGUUUUACUGGCUCGAAAAGUCGCGCGACGCAUCUCCCCGAUUGUACAAUUCUUCUUUACCCGAAGACAUCACCGUCAUGUCUUCUUCCAAAUACUCAUCUUCCUCCAUUCCUUUCUCUACCUCUCAGGUCAUGCAAGGUUUCGCCCAUCAUGCCGGGUCCUCUUUCGCCGGAUCACCGUCAACCUCAACCACUAGAUCUUUUAGUGGUUCUCCCGCCUCACUCCUGUUCGCUCAUGCCAACGGAAAACACUCGCUACAUUCCGCGGCCACCCCUCCAACACCCAGUCUGCUAUCGGCAUUCUCUGCGAGCACGCUGCUCUCAGCACGUAGAUUGAAACUCAUCGCUUCGAUGUUCAGUCAGAUGUGCGAGGCGGUGGCGGUGUGUCACGAGGCCGGAGUGAGUCAUCGGGAUAUAAAGCCAGAAAAUUUCAUCUGCUGUGACUCGAUCGAACUCGAUGCUCCGACAGAAGAGGACUUUGGACCUCAGGCUAAACGUAAGGUCGUUGUGAAAUUGACGGACUUUGGCCUGGCGACCACGGAAGAGGAGAGCGGUGAUGUGGAAUGCGGUAGCAAACCUUACAUGUCAUAUGAAUGCCGCAACAACCUCGGACCCACUUACUCCCCCGCCCCAGCAGACGUUUGGUCCCUCGGUAUCGUGCUCAUUAACAUGCUCUUCCAUCGCAAUCCCUGGAAAGAUCCUACACCUGGCGAUCUCAACUUUGACAAUUUCUUUCGUGACCCUACCGGUUUUCUCUUGUCGAAGUUUACCGGAAUCGGUCGAGAGGUCGCUUUCUACCUGGCGAAUCACGUCCUGUGUAUCGACGUAGACGCUCGUGUCUCAGCCAGAGAAUUCGGACAGUGGGUGAAGAAUCUACCCGAGAUGAUCGGAGGUAAAAAGGCUGUGCAACAACUUCAGAUGUCCAGAUUGCAAACAAGACCUCACUCUAAGCCCAUCGAAGCUCUGAAAGAUUCGGGAAUGUUUGUCAAAUCCCCCAUCGUACCCAUCGUGGAGCAAGAGCGCAAAAUGUCUACAUCGGCUCUCACGUCAUCUGCGCCAAUAGCUUCUACGCCUUUGGCACCUCAUUCUUUGAUUCCUCCCUCUACCGCUCCGCCUAUCUUGACAUCUCACUUAUCACCUCGAGAAGUAUCCGAAUAUGAAGAACUCGUUCCGACUCCUGAUCUUGACAACGACGAGCUACCUUCAGCUACCACCGUUGAUUUAAAUCCUACUCCAGCCGACGAACUCAGCUUCCCGUCCCCCACUCUAAACUCACCUCUUGAUGAUUCUUCUCGACCUGACUCUGACACUCGCUCCUUAUCCACCACCAAGAGACGGAAACGAGGUGUCAGAAAAGGAAAAGCCGCCCAAGCCGCUCUUGCAGCUGCCGUGGCCGAUUCUGAAGACGGCCGCCUGUCACAACAACAGCGUGACGCCUUGCUUGCUGAACUCGCUACGGCAUCACAAACACUAGCUAGGGAUAUAUCCAAGAUCAGUAAACUUGAUCUCGAGGAUGAUACCGAAGUCAAUUUUCCUCCUCUCGGUACGACACCAGCUCAGGCGGCUGCUGCGAAAAAGUCCAAAUGGAAAGACAUGAUGAAGAUAUCGUCUGGCAAUCCCGAAUUAGCCGCUCUGGCUCGACGAGUAGCCGAACGAGAGAUGUCCUCUGGUGGAAAUUGGUCUGCACCUGCUAAAUUACAAGGUGAACAGAAGAAGCCUACCAAUUACA